UUGGUUUCAGUUUCCGUUUUGCUUUUAACCGUCGCUUGAUUGCCCAAAUUGGGAGUCAAAUCCUCUGUCCCUUCAAUUGCCUCAAAAUUAGGGUUAGGGCUUUUUCCUCCUCGUUCUAACAGAAGCCCCUACGCCAAAACCCCCUUUCUAUAUCUCUCUUUCGACAACCAACAUCUCAUCUCAAGUCAAUGGCAAGCAGAGGCCCAGCAACCUAUCAACAUUCCAGGCGCGGUGGCGGCGGCGGCGGCGGCGGCGGAGCAGGAGGAGCUAAUGCUGUUGCGAAGCCGGGAUUAAGAAAACCAGUGUUUGUAAAGGUGGAUCAUUUGAAACCUGGGACAGCUGGGCACACUUUAACUGUUAAGGUCUUGGAAUCCAACACUGUUCUGAAUAAAAAGCCCCGAAACCCAUCGUCGUUUCGUGGUCCAUCGUUCCAACAACAGCAGCCCAGUCGCAUCGCUGAGUGUCUUGUUGGUGAUGAAACGGGAACUAUUCUCUUCACUGCCCGUAACGAGCAAGUUGAAUUGAUGAAGCCAGGCAAUACUGUCAUCCUUCGCAAUGCAAAAAUUGACAUGUUCAAGGGUUCGAUGAGGCUAGCUGUUGAUAAAUGGGGCCGCAUUGAGGUGACAGAACCUGCAAAAUUUGCAGUUAAAGAAGACAACAAUUUGUCCUUGGUAGAGUAUGAGUUGGUGAAUGUAGCCGAAGAAUCUUGAAUUUGUUUCAUGAUUUUCUGUCACCAAGUCUAUUUUGGGUAAUGAUUUGUUUGUCUAUGGGUAUAUUGGUAUACAAGCUCACUCAAUCAGUAGAUUAUUUUCUUAUUAUUAACAUGUGAUAGGACUAAUCUAAUAUUAUAUGUUGUAGUUUGUAUGUUAAAAAGAAUAUUAACUGACUCUGCCUGGCAAGAAUGUGGACUGCAGAGAGUUUGCCAAGUUGUGUUUAAUUCAGUUUUUGUACUUCUCUCCAA